CACGGGCGUCGGGAGGGAAGGCGGGGCCGGCACUCAGUUUCCCGCGGUCGGAGCGGGGCGCGGGAGGAGGCGACUCGCUCUUAAAGGGCCAGCCGCUGCGAGGCCUUUUGUUCCGGGGCCGCAGGGCGGGGCAGGCCCUCGACUUGGGUCUUGGUUUCGGCGGCUCCACAACUCACUCCCGAUCGGCCAUGAUUUCCCAGUUCUUCAUCCUGUCCUCUAAGGGGGACCCGCUCAUCUAUAAGGACUUUCCUGCCGGCCAGUCCGCGGGGACAGCGGCGGUCGGGACGUGGCCGAGCUCUUCUACCGGAAGCUGAUGGGUCUUCCCGGGGACGAGUCUCCGGUUGUCAUGCACCACGAUGACAGACACUUUAUCCACAUCCGACACAGCGGCCUCUAUUUGGUGGCCACGACCUCCGAAAAUGUCUCUCCCUUCAGCCUCCUAGAACUGCUCUCUCGGGUGGCCACGCUCCUGGGUGACUACUGCGGCUCCCUGGAUGAGGCGACCAUCUCCCGCAAUGUGGCGCUUGUUUAUGAGGUUCUGGAUGAGGUGCUGGACUAUGGCUACGUGCAGACCACGUCCACAGAGAUGCUGAGGAACUUCAUCCAGACGGAGGCCGUGGUCAGCAAGCCCUUCAGCCUCUUUGACCUCAGUAGUGUGGGCCUGUUCGGGGCUGAGACGCAGCAGAGCAAAGUGGCGCCCAGUAGCGCAGCGGGACGUCCUGUCCUGUCCAGCCGUGGGGACCAGAGUCAAAAAAAUGAGGUGUUCUUGGAUGUGGUGGAGCGGUUGUCUGUCCUGAUAGCAUCUAAUGGCUCACUGCUGAAGGUCGAUGUGCAGGGGGAAAUCCGACUCAAGAGCUUCCUUCCUAGUGGCUCUGAGAUGCGCAUCGGCUUGACAGAAGAGUUCUGUGUGGGGAAAUCAGAGCUGAGAGGCUACGGGCCGGGGAUUCGAGUGGACGAGGUGUCAUUCCAUAGCUCAGUGCUCCUGGAAGAGUUUGAGUCUCAUCGAAUCCUGCGCUUGCAGCCUCCGCAGGGAGAGCUGACAGUGAUGCGAUACCAGCUCUCUGAUGACCUCCCGUCUCCGUUGCCCUUCCGGCUCUUCCCCUCUGUGCAGUGGGACCGAGGCUCUGGCAGGCUCCAGGUGUACCUGAAGUUACGUUGUGAUCUACCUGCCAAGAGCCAGGCACUCAACGUCAGACUGCAUCUUCCAGUGCCACGUGGGGUGGUCAGUCUGUCCCAGGAGCUGAGCAGUCCAGAGCAAAGGGCAGAACUGUCAGAUGGCGCCCUUCACUGGGACCUGCCUCGAGUGCAAGGGGGCUCUCAGCUGUCAGGACUCUUCCAGAUGGAUGUGCCAGGCCAACCUGGGCCUCCAAGCACCAGCCCCUCCACGUCAGCACCCCCACUGGGGCUGGGUCCUGCCAGCCUGUCCUUUGAGCUCCCACGGCACACAUGCUCCGGCCUCCAGGUGCGCUUCCUCAGGCUCACGGCCCGCCCCUGUGGCCCUGCCAGCCCGCACAAGUGGGUGCGACAUCUGAGCCACAGUGACGCCUAUGUCAUCCGCAUCUGAGACCC